UAGAGGAACGAUACCGGCCGCGUCUCCUCGCUGUGAAAAUACCUCUGCGGUAUAAUUAUUUAUUUACCGGAAGUCAGUGACCAGUCAGUGAAGCUGCCACAAAUUAGCAAGGUUUAAUUCCCGAUUCAUUGUGAUUUUAUUUACCAUUCAGACGAAGUGGCGCGCUGAUCUAACUCGCGAAUAAGCGAAUCGCUAGCUGAAACCGCGCUAGUGCGAUGACGUUAACGAGCAGAACCGUCAGUCGACGGGAAUCCCCCGGCAGGCGGAUUUCGCCGCUUGAUCAACUGCCUCGUAACCUGGUUACAGUCGGAUUAAUUUUCACCACCGUGCUCUUCGAAAUGAGCGUAUCGAUGCCUUCGGCGACAGUGUCCAGGUCCUUCGACAAGCACGACGAAUACGUCCUUCCGAGAACAGAACACCGUUGGCAAUUGCUGAGCGAAAUAAAUGCAGAGACGAAUCGAGACACCGGACGUGACGGAUCAUCGACCGGCGAUAUAGUUUUUCCCGACGACGAAUCGUCGCCUGUGCUAAAAACUUUCAAACCUGGACCAGAUCCUGCAUGCAGAGAUGAAACAUUCUGCGAGAAGACGGAUUCCUACCCAGAGAACUACGUCAGCAACUUGAUAAAGCGGCAAAACGAUCUCAAGUAUCUUGCCGUAGUAGACAUGGUCGACGAUAUCGCCGAGAGAUUCAACAGAGACGACAGCACUGCUCUUUGCGUUACGACGGAGCGGCUCAUCUUCCCCACGGCUGCUCAGAACAAGGAUAACAAUUGGCUGUUCAUUGUGAACCAGGAAGGCUUUAGACAGGGAGUUCGGAUCGAGACAUGCCGAUCGCCCGAGGGAGAAUGUUCGGUAAUCGGUGGAUUCGCGACCGGAUACAAGACGAUGUGCAAGCAGAAAUACAUCUACCGGCAACUGGCUGCGAUUAGUGAAAACGGCACGGCGAUUCGGGACUUGUUCAAGCUUCCUUCGAGUUGCUGUUGUCACGUAAAAUUGGAAUCCCCUUACGCCAGGAUGAGGAUCGAGACCCAGUUUAAUCCGACGUAAAACCGAUUACCUACUGCAGUACCGACGUGGAAAAAUUCUGGUCGAUAAUCAGUGGACGAUACUAGCAAAUUAACGAGCCAUUCGUGAAGAUAAUGGCUUCGCAGAUUUUCACCCGUACUAAGGAUAAAUUAUAAGUCGGAGUUAGGAUUUCUCGGUGAAAUUAUAGGUAAUUGGUAAGGAAGUUCGUUGGAAA